UUGGACAUAGCUUUCAUGUCGUUUGCAGCGUCUCCUCCAACACCCUCCGACGAGAAGCAAGAAAUACCGCCGUAUAAUCCUAAACUUGAAUUGACGUUGGAAUAUAUGCGACACAACCAUCCGUUCGACGAACUGCCCCCCGAAUACUACCUCUCUGCACGCCAAAUGAAGGGGGAUCCUCUCCCGCGCUUCGUCUACGGCUUUGAAUUCCACUUCGUUGACCUCGGUCUCGACCUUGCGCCCACUCUCGCGAAGCUCCACGCGAUGCAGGCCAAAAACUCCUAUUCGCACACUGCGCGACAAGACCAAGUAUCGCCCGAUCUCCGCUAUCCUGAAAUACAUCGCCGCCUCUAUGGACAUCGAUGA